CAGUGCCGCCAGGGGGUCUGGAUCGGCUUUAUUUUUUUUUUUUAUGUAUUUAUUUAUUUAUUUUUCCAGUGGAGAGCUCUCCUGAGCAGCCGCGAUGGCCAGCACCAGGAGUAUUGAGCUAGAGCACUUUGAGGAACGGGACAAAAGGCCCAGGCCGGGGUCGCGCAGAGGAGCCCCCAGUUCCUCCGGGGGCAGCAGCAGCUCGGGCCCCAAGGGCAACGGGCUCCUGCCCAGCCCGGCGCACAGCGCCCACUGCAGCUUCUCGCGCACGCGGACCCUGCAGGCUCUGAGCUCCGAGAAGAAGGCCAAGAGAGCGCACUUCUACCGCAACGGGGACCGCUACUUCAAAGGCCUGGUCUUCGCCAUCUCCAGCGACCGCUUCCGCUCCUUCGACGCGCUCCUGGUGGAGCUCACCCGUUCCCUGUCUGACAAUGUGAACCUGCCUCAGGGCGUCCGCACCAUCUACACCAUUGACGGCAGCCGGAAGGUCACCAGCCUGGACGAGCUGCUGGAAGGUGAAAGUUACGUGUGCGCAUCCAACGAGCCGUUUCGCAAGGUUGAUUACGCCAAAAAUACUAACCCGAACUGGUCUGUGAACAUCAAGGGCGGGACGACCCGGGCCUCGGCCGCCGCCUCGGUGAAAAGCGAAGUGAAAGAGAGCAAGGAUUUCAUCAAGCCCAAGUUAGUGACUGUGAUCAGAAGUGGGGUCAAGCCCAGGAAAGCCGUGCGGAUCCUCCUGAACAAAAAGACUGCUCAUUCCUUUGAGCAGGUGUUAACUGAUAUCACAGAGGCAGUGAAGCUAGACUCGGGAGUGGUCAAGAGGCUGUGCACCGUGGACGGGAAGCAGGUCACUUGUCUGCAGGACUUUUUUGGUGAUGAUGACGUUUUUAUUGCAUGUGGACCUGAAAAAUUCCGUUACGCCCAAGAUGACUUUGUCCUGGAUCAUAGUGAGUGCCGUGUCCUGAAGUCAUCUUAUUCUCGGUUCUCGACAGCUAAGCAUUCUGGAUCCAAGAGCCCAGGGCUCUCUCGCCGCAGCAAAUCACCAGCCUCAGUUAAUGGAACUCCCAGCAGCCAACUUUCUACUCCCAAGUCUACGAAAUCCUCCAGUUCCUCUCCAACUAGCCCAGGAAGUCUCAGAGGACUAAAGCAGACUUCGGCUCCUGGCAGAUCUUCCAAUGUAAACGGCGGUCCUGAACUUGACCGUUGCAUGAGUCCAGAAGGCGUGAAUGGAAACAGGUGUGCUGAAUCGUCCACUCUUCUUGAGAAAUACAGAAUUGGCAAGGUCAUUGGUGAUGGGAAUUUUGCUGUAGUUAAAGAGUGUAUGGACAGGUCCACUGGAAAAGAGUUUGCGCUAAAGAUUAUAGACAAAGCCAAAUGCUGUGGAAAGGAACACUUGAUUGAGAAUGAAGUUUCAAUCCUGCGCCGAGUGAAGCACCCCAACAUCAUCCUGCUGGUGGAGGAGAUGGAAACAGCCACUGAGCUCUUUCUAGUGAUGGAACUGGUCAAAGGUGGAGAUCUCUUUGACGCAAUUACUUCUUCCACCAAAUACACUGAGCGAGACGGCAGCGCCAUGGUGUACAACCUCGCCAACGCCCUCAGGUACCUGCACGGCCUCAGCAUCGUGCACAGAGACAUCAAGCCAGAGAACCUCCUGGUGUGUGAAUACCCCGAUGGAACCAAGUCUCUGAAACUGGGAGACUUCGGGCUGGCCACAGUGGUGGCAGGGCCUUUGUACACGGUCUGUGGCACUCCUACCUAUGUGGCUCCAGAGAUCAUUGCCGAAACUGGCUAUGGCCUGAAGGUGGACAUCUGGGCAGCUGGCGUGAUCACAUACAUACUCCUGUGUGGAUUCCCGCCAUUCCGAAGUGAGAACAAUCUCCAGGAAGAUCUCUUUGACCAGAUCUUGGCUGGGAAGUUGGAGUUUCCGUCUCCCUACUGGGACAACAUCACGGAUUCUGCCAAGGAAUUGAUCAGUCAGAUGCUUCAGGUAGAUGUGGACGCUCGGUGUACGGCGGGACAGAUCCUCAGUCACCCCUGGGUGUCGGAUGAUGCCUCCCAGGAGAAUAAUAUGCAAGCUGAGGUCACAGGUAAACUUAAACAGCACUUUAAUAAUGCGCUUCCCAAACAAAACAGCACCACGACCGGAGUGUCCGUUAUCAUGAACACGGCUCUAGAUAAGGAGCGGCAGGUUUUCUGCAGCAAGCAUGGUCAAGGCAGCAGCAGACCGGCAAGGGAGCGGAGCCCACCAGUCCCUUCCUCGGCCCAGGUGACACUUGCACCGGGGACAGCCGCUCCGGUCCCCGCCCCUCUGGAACCCUCCACGCCCCCCUGUCCUCCUGCCGCCCCCGGUGGCGGCCAGCGGGCAGGGACCUGGCGCCGCCACCGAGACUGAGUCGGGCGAAGACAGGGCGAGGCUGCCCACUGCCGCCUCCUGGCCAGGAUCUCCGUGCUGCAAGAGCCUUUCUGUCCUGAGCGCCUGUUGGUCACUUGGCUGGCGCCUUCCCCUCUGCACAGGAGUCAUCCGGAUGCCCGGAGCUCCCCCACCCCAAGGGGCUUGGCUUCUUCCACCUGCCCUUGGGGCUCUGCCUUGCAGUUCCUGGCUGCCUGGAGCCACGUCUACUCUGGAGGUGUACUUGAGCGACUUGCCCUAAGUCAUCCGUGUGUCUAGUUCGGUGGGCAUUUGGCGGUUUUACCCACAGAAUGGGUGACUUGUAUCCACAACGAAAUGCUGUUGAUAGCAGUGAGUUGGGCGAAUCAAGAUUCUCCAGUAUCGAAGAAUAUUCUGAGUGCUCCCCUCUCAGAGAGGACACGACUGUCCUUUGUAAUGCCCCACGAGAGGCAACGUGACACCUUCCUGUGCUCAAGAACUGGCUUCCGAGCACCCGGGAGGACAGCCUGGCCACUGGCCCCUGACGCCCAGGAGAUCCGCUGGGGUCUGGAGCUCACCCGAGAUGACUCGGUCUCGUACACAGAGAAGGCAGGUCAUUUCUUUCCUGAACGACCCGGUGUCCACUCCCCCCAGUGAGCCUCCAGCAGGGCGGGAUCACCUCGGCGCUCUCACUCACCACCGGGUCUUCUCACCUCCUCAGGCCCUUGUCAGGAGCCUGCAGGAAACCACAGCGCGUCUGGCCGAGGCCCAGCGGGGACUGGGGUGCGAGAUGUUCCUUUGGAUGUCCUGCGACGAACCUUCUGGAAGACUGCUGGCAGUUUUUCCUUUUUUCCCCACCGCCCCAACUCUUUUUAAUACUUGUACAUAUCCUAUGUAUUUGUUUUACCCGCUCAUCUUCUAAGUGGGUGGGCCCUGGUAGUUCAUCCUCAUUGUUAGAUUUUACCUUCGACAAGUACCCCCCAACCCGCAAUAAACUCUUUGCUCUUCAGAAAA